AUAUCCACGGAACAAGCUGCAGGCAGGAGGAACAAAGAAAGCCGCCCGUUGCGUGGAAAACGUUCUUUCACUUCGGCAACACGGACAAAUGUCGACUUCGUAGAGGCACUUUUAGCUUUACUUUAAACACUUUCCCUUGACUAUUAAAUGCCCAUCUGCGCCUGACGUCCGACUGGCUUGUUUUGCUGAAGAAAGAGGAAACUUGGCGUCGUGAGAGCUUUGUCGGGGUCGCCUUUCUCGAUACCUUUUUACCUUGGAUACACUGGUUGGAAGGUAACUCGCGGAAAAACCCAAAGCUUGAUAGUGUGACCUGUGCCCGGUUGACUUGGCAGAGAUGCACUUUUCUCAAGACGCCUGCACUCGAAUGGAUUAAGAGGAGUCUGGUUCCCCCUGGCUGAAGACGGCUUGUGUGUCGCGCAGCACCUUUCCACCCAGGACCCACUGUGUUGCCAUAGCGCCCAUGAGGUAACGUCAGGACCUUCCGCCCCCUCAUUACCACCCUUGGUCCAUCCAUUUCCCUCCCCUCUAGCCCUUCUUCCCUUGGACCCACCCAGCCAUGGGCCAGAAGAUCUCUGGCAGUAUCAAAUCAGUGGAUGCACGCGGGGAGCCCUCCUAUCGGCCAGUACGCCGAGAACUGCGGGGCCCAGAUUUUUGUCGGCCCCCAAGGCUGGACUUACUAUUGGACAUGCCAUCGGCCAGCCCUGAGACCCAGCUUCGCCACGCCUGGAACCCUGAUGACCGGUCACUCAAUGUCUUUGUUAAGGAGGAUGACAAGCUGACAUUUCACCGACAUCCAGUGGCACAGAGCACGGACUGUAUCCGUGGGAAGGUGGGCUACACUAGGGGCCUUCAUGUUUGGAGGAUUCACUGGCCGGCCAGACAAAGAGGCACACAUGCUGUUGUCGGUGUGGCUACUGCUGAAGCAGCUUUACACUCAGUGGGCUACACAGCCCUGGUGGGCUCGGACUCUGAGUCCUGGGGCUGGGACCUGGGUCGGAACAGACUCUACCAUGAUGGAAAGAACCGGCCCAUUUCCACAUUGGCACCCACAUACCCCUGUUUCCUGGAGCCAGAUGAGUCAUUUGUGCUCCCAGACUCUCUGACAGUAAUACUAGAUAUGGAUGAGGGAACACUGAGCUUCAUGGUAGACGGACAGUAUCUGGGAGUAGCUUUUAGAGGGCUAAAGGGCAAGAGACUGUAUCCCAUCGUCAGUGCUGUGUGGGGGCACUGUGAAGUAUCAAUUCGCUACGUCAACGGACUAGAUCCGGAGCCCCUCCCCCUUAUGGACCUGUGCAGACGAGUAGCUCGACUGGCUCUGGGUAGAGAGCGCAUCCAUCACAUCGACGCACUCCCACUGCCGCAGACUCUCAAGAACUACCUCCAGUACCAGUGACCACGUACACACAGAUGGGCCCAUUUGUUCUUAUGGUAACCAGCCUCCCUCAUCUUAAUCCUAACCAUCAGACAUCUGCUGGGGAUGUGGACGAUGGCAUUGACUACGAACAGGUGGUGAAGACAGCGCUGCAAGGGGUUUUGUUUACAACAGUUGGGGGUUUUCCAUUUUGGAGGUUUUUAUCUUAUGGUUUUCUGCUUCUUUUUGUUCCUUUUUUUUUCUUGUUGCUGACUUCUUCUUUCUCCUGGACUGAUGACGAGAGGAGCUGAUGAAUAAAAUGAAGGGAGUGAGAGACUAAAAGAGAAUAUUGCAAUCCAGUUUCCUGCUAAUCACAUGUAUAGAGUCGAACCACAAUUCCUCCAUUUGAAAGGCCUUAAAUGCCGUGGUUUUGGGCGACAGUUUACCCCGACAUCUGUUCUGCACAGACUCUGUGGAAGCCUCCUCGGAAACGUGUUGGUAUUUAUAUUUAUAUUCCCAACCACACAGCAGGCUCUGUGGAGACACAACAAUCCCUCCAAGCCACGAGGGAGAGGGGGAGCAAGCGUGAAAGAAAGGGAGAAGGUCCACACACAGUUCUAUUUUUGUUAGUGUGAAUGCAGUGCAGCACACAUGGAUUACAUUAUACACUGUGUGUGCGUCAGGCUUGUACAGGCAAGCCUUACAAAGCCCUUACUGUUUAGUAGAAGACAACUCAGACAAACAGGCAGUUGCCACCUACAAGCUAAACAACAGAAACUCAAGUCUGGUUUGCACUUGCCUCCCUCCCUCCCUCCCUCUCUGUCUCUUGGUCACUCGCUCCAGUUUGAUUGAUUUUUGAUCCAUGUUUGUUCCUCAGCUCUCUGGCUCCUGUAACGCUGAUAGAGAUUGAUCUGAAGGUGAAGCUGCGUCUUUGACUGCUAAUGUGCCUGCUCUGAGACAAUACAUACACAUACACACAAAAAAAAAGCACAUGGCACUCCCACCCCCAAGUUUUAAAUGCUGCUUUUCUAUCUUUCUUUUACCAUCUUACCCUGGUGUUGGUUUUUAUCCCUGAUUUAAUUUUGAAAGUGAGAUUCUUUUUCCCUAAAUGAAUUUUGAGACUUCAUUCCACAGAGUCUGCGGGACAGGAUGUUGCCCAGGUAUCGGUGGAAGAAUGUGCUGCCAUUAGAAUCUUUUAAAUGUGAAUAACAAUAAACUUAUCUAAACUCACA